AUGGCGACAGCAGCAACUGCGCAAUCAAACGACGCGGGACCCUCGACGUCCACGUCCCCCGCUACCCAGGCUGCCGUCUUCAAGCGCCUCCAUCCCGACCAGUACCUGCAGCGCUUCCUUGCGCAGGGCUACCGGCCAGACGGGCGCAAGGUCUCGGCCUGGCGCGACGUCAGCAUCAACGUUGCAGAGGGCUCAGCGCUCGUGCGCAUGGGCGACACGACGAUCGUGUGCGGCAUCAAGGCUGAGAUCGCCGAGCCGAGCGGUGCGGCGCCGGAUGAAGGCUUCGUCGUCCCCAACAUUGACCUCCCCGCCCUGUCCUCGCCCAAGUUCAAGCCCGGCCCGCCGGUCGACGAGGCGCAGACGAUGAGCAACUGGCUGAACGACAUGCUCGUUUCGUCACGGACGUUGCCGCCCAAGUCUCUGAUUAUUGCACCCGGCAAGGCCGCAUGGGUCAUCUACAUCGACGUCGUGUGCAUCAACUAUGACGGAAACGCGUACGAUGCGGCCGUGCUCGCCGUCAUGGCCGCGUUGAGGAAUACCCGCCUCCCGAGCGCCAAGUAUGACGAGACGACGUUCCAGACCGUGUGUAACUGGGACGACAAGCACCCCCUUCCCCUUGGCCGGAUGCCGCUGUGUGCCUCCUUUGGCGUGUUCGAGUCAGCAGGAACAGUUUUGGACUCUUCGUCACACCCAGCUGCCAAGAUCCUCGUAGCUGACAGCAGAACGUAUCUACUCCCGGAUCCAACGGCGUUCGAGCAGCCCCUCCUCCCGACCACGAUCACGAUUGCGCUCGACGAGAACAACCGCGCCGCGACAGUGAGGCAAGAAGGGCUCGGUGGCGUCGUGGGCAAAUCUGGCUCCGAGCUACUGGACGAGGCGUGGAGCGCUGCCGAAGGGCAUAUCCAGGAGCUGAGGCAGAUCCUCGAGCAGUCUUCCUAG